AUGACCUUCCUUUACAACCCUACUUUCUACCCUUUUCCGUUUCUCUUCUGCUCUCUAUCCUCCUCCCAUUACUUUUUCACAAAUCAGCUUGGUAAGAAACUUAUCUGCUCGAUGCCCUGUAAUUAGACCGCCGGAACGAUCGUGAUGGUCGGUGUUUAUUCUUGAUCAACGACCAAGCAUUUGUGAUUACAGCAGCAAAGAAAGAGAAGAUACGUAUACGGACGAAGGGUAGUUCAGGAAACUGAAUUGUAUUUUAUGAUCGACUGAACUCCAACGCUAGCCUUGGUAGCGUUUUGUUUCAGUCCGUGUUUUCCAGCUGCAGCUCAAAAUAGCCUUUUGUCCAAACGAGGCUACUUUUACUGCUAUUGACCGAAACUAGUCAGUUUUUUGGGAUAGCAGGACGAUGGUGAAAGCAGUAGUGGGAGAGGAGGUGCAGCUGAAAUUAGCUGAAGAGCGGCUUACCAAAUCCGGGUUCGCUGCUCAGAUAGGGCUUGUGAUAGGGAAGCUGAGCUCAAGCUUAGAUCGCGGUUUCAUAUUCGAAUUGCUCCCGACGCCGCUGUGCGACUCUGGAGAGCCGGCUUGCUCAAUUAUAAGUGGCGCGAAAGAUGACCGGAAGAAAGGAUCGAAAGAGAAGACGCAGGCAGACUCUUCCUCUUUAUUCGUUGACAAGGAUUGGGUUGCUGAACACGCUCGGCAGGUUGGAAGAAUGCUAUUGGGUGGUGUGAAAGUAGUUGGCAUCUACAUAUGGGCCAGCGACAGCUCAAUUAAGAACUCAAUGCUAACAAUUUGUCAGACUAUACAAGCUGUCGCAAAGGCUACACCUCUUUUAGAUGCUAAUUUUGAUGAGAGGCUGCUUGUUCACAUUUGUUACAGUCCCAUGAGAUGGACGACUCGGAAUUGCUCAAUUACUUCUAAUAUAAGUUCAACCAGUCUAAGACCAUGUGAUUUCAAAAUGGGGAAAGUUUUUGCGUCCUUGCAGACAUUCAGAUGCAGAUAUGCUUUUGAUGUUAGAUUGCCAAUAUUCAGUGAGGAUGGAUCCAACAAUAUAAGAUUGGUUGACGUUCUUCGCCAUUGUAUUUCACUUCUUGCCAAAGAGCUAAAAUGUGGAAAGGCUUUGAUUAAUGGAAAAUUGGCAAUUGGGAAUGAGCAAGUCGCUGCAUCAGAUGGUGUACAUGAUGUUAAGUUCCUCUUACCUUUUAUGCAAGAUAAGUUUGACGGAUGCAGCCAAAAGGACAUAAUUGGUGGUCUUGUGUUUACCGGUGCUAUUUGCUGUUAUGCUUACUUGAAUGUAAAGGAACAACUUUCACAAGUUUUGACUGACAUUAAGGAAGAUAUAAUAUCGAGUUUGCAAAGUAGAUUAGAUAUCAUGUGUGAUGCGGCAGAGAGGGAAUCAGAAGCUAUUGAUGGCAGCGUAGGAGAAGAAGCGGGGGAUCAUGUAUCAACCGAAGAACCAUUCUUACUUCUUCCAUUACAGUUGCAAAGGAAAAGUUGCAAGCUAAUGUUUCCUCGGAGAGUGUUUCUUCCUUGGUUAGCCAAUAUAUAUGUUUGUGACUACUUGCAGCCAUCUGAAACAGUUGAGGUUCUUAAGGAUCAUUAUGCUGAGUUGAUGUCCAUAGAAGUUCCAGUUGAUUUAUCAAAAGUUUUAGAGCCUGAAUCAGAAGCUCCUACUUUCAUAUCAUCUGCAACCACCAACAAGCAGCAGCCAUUUUGGGACAUGAUGAAUCCAAAGUACACGAACAUCUCAAAGCACGAAGAAACAAAAGGUUUGAGAAGUGACCCGAAGUCUAAAAACUUAGCACCCCUCAACAUGAUGAUACCGCUUUUUGUUCUUAUUCUGUCACUAAUUGUGGGAGUGGUAGCAUUUGCUGUCAGGUCAUCAUAUUGAAUAGUUUACCUAUCAGGUAAGUAAACUGGUUUCCCUCCUACACAGUAAUCAUUGUUCUGCUACUGCAAAUGAGGGUAGAAGUAGCAUGGUCACUAGUUGGUGGGCUGGGUUUAGCUGGAUCCUCAUUUGGUCCGAAAUAGUCUCUCUUGAAACUCGCUGAUUGUAGUAGACGUGCAUGGGGUUUGGGUUAGGCCAUUUGGGCCUAAAUAUACUCUGAAAUUUGAAUCCAUACAAAUUAUUCAAAUUUAAAUAUACUCGUGUUUGACAUUGAUGAUAAAAC